AACUACCGCUUGACUCAACUACUUCCAACACAUUCACAAUCUAAGUAACAGAACAAAAGAAACCAAACCAGACAGAAGUUGGAGCUGAGAUUUUCAGACAUGGCACAACAAGAAAACUUGUUCCAAAUUCCAAGAGUGAAACUGGGCAGCCAGGGACUUGAGGUGUCGAAAUUGGGUUUUGGAUGUAUGGGUCUAACAGGAGUCUACAACUCUCCUCUCUCUGAGGAGGAAGUUAUCUCAAUCAUAAAAGAUGCCUUUGCUAAGGGAAUCACUUUCUUUGAUACAGCUGAUGCGUAUGCAGCUCAUACCAAUGAAGUUUUGGUGGGGAAGGCCUUGAAGCAGUUACCAAGAGAAAAAAUUCAAGUGGCCACAAAGUUUGGCAUUGUAGCAAUGCAAGCUACUGGUAUGAUUGUGAAUGGUAGCCCUGAGUAUGUCCGCUCAUGUUGUGAGGGUAGCUUGAAGCGCCUUGAUGUGGAUUACAUUGAUCUCUAUUAUCAGCAUCGAGUGGACACAUCAGUACCUAUAGAAGAAACUAUGGGUGAACUGAAGAAACUGGUUGAAGAGGGAAAAAUCAAGUACAUUGGAUUAUCUGAAUGCAGUCCAGACACAAUAAGGAGAGCACAUGCAGUUCAUCCCAUCACAGCUAUCCAAAUGGAGUGGUCCCUCUGGACUCGUGAUAUUGAGGAUGAGAUAGUCCCACUUUGCAGGGAGCUUGGUAUUGGAAUAGUUCCAUAUAGUCCCCUUGGCCGUGGCUUCUUUUGUGGCAGAGCAGUAGUGGAAAGUUUACCUGCAGGCACCUUCUUGGCUUCACAUCCCCGAUUUCGAGGAGAAAACUUGGACAAGAACAAGAACAUUUACACUCGAAUAGAAGAGCUAGCCAAGAAGCGACAAUGCUCUCCUGCUCAACUGGCACUGGCAUGGGUUCUCCAACAAGGGGAUGAUGUUGUACCUAUUCCUGGAACAACUAAGAUUAAGAACUUGGAUCACAACAUUGGCUCCUUGACAGUGAAACUCACAGCAGAGGACCUGAAAGAAAUUUCUGAUGCUGUGCCCAUUGAUGAGGUAGCAGGCGAUAGAAACUAUGAUAGCAUGAGGAAAGCAUCAUGGAAGUUUGCAAACACACCACCAAAAGAUUUUGGGGUCUCAGCUUAAGACACUUGUGGUUGUUGUUCAUCUCACUUGGAAACAGGUGAUGAAUUAGGCAAUUGAAUUUGAAAUGGUUAAGGCAUGUUCAUGAGCUGUUUGUAUCAUGCAUCGAAAACAUUUGGCCAGAGACCUUUAUGAGCUGCUAAACCAUCUAAAUUUAUGGAAAUGAUAUUACUCUGAUUGCUUAGAAUUGUC